CUUGCCAUGUCAGAGCAGGCUAUAAAUGUUUACUGACUGAGUAGUUGAAUUCAGUAUGGAUCAUUGCAAGUUGGUCGUCUGAUCAUUAGGAUUGUAUUUUUUAAUUGAGGACAGUGUUUUUGUUCCGCUGUUUAACGAUGGGAGACGGAGGACAAAGGCGCAGAUGGGAGUACUGGUGUGUUGCUCUGCGUUUCUCUUUGCUGCUGUGCUUCGUGGAGCAGGUUUCGGCUCAGAUAAGGUACUCUAUUCCAGAGGAGGUGAAAGAGGGAUCCGUUGUUGGAAAUGUUGCUAAGGAUUUGGGUCUUGACGUCAGUACUUUGUUGGAGAGGCGGUUUCGUAUCGUUUCUGCAUCUAAGGACGCUCUUUUCCAGGUUAAUCAGAACAAUGGCGUCUUGUAUGUUCAUAAGAAUAUCGACAGAGAGGAGCUCUGUGAUGGCACUGGCGCGUGUUUGAUGAACCUGAAGAUUGUAGUUGAGAAUCCUCUAGAAAUACAUUAUGUUCAGUUAGAAAUCAAAGAUGUCAAUGACCAUUCACCUAUGUUCACAGAAAAGGAGCAGCAUUUUGAAAUAGCAGAACACGUCCCUCCGGGAACUCGCUUACAAAUUCCGACUGCUCGUGAUCCGGACAUAGGGGUAAACUCCGUACGUUUUUACAAAUUAAGUCAGAAUAUUUUUUUCGACAUUGAGAUCAAAGAUAGCGAUGAGGACAAAAUACCAUUUUUAAUAUUACAGAAAUCUCUAGAUAGGGAGAACAGAAUCAACCACUCAUUGGUUUUAACUGCUAUCGAUGGAGGGAAUCCGCCAAAAUCAGGAUCUCUAAAUAUAACCGUUACUGUUCUUGACGUAAAUGAUAACAAGCCUGUUUUUAGUCAAGACACAUACUCUGUAACUUUACAAGAAAACGCCCCUAUUGGUACCAUCGUUGUAAAAGUAAAUGCUACUGAUCUAGAUGAAGGGUUAAACCGUGUUGUUGAAUACUCUCUUGGCAGAAACCUCAAGAGCAAAGUUUAUGACGUGUUUGAAUUGGAUAGUUUUACAGGUGAAAUUACAGUUAAGGCCCAGGUAGACUUUGAUGACACCGAGGUGUACAAACUAAGUGUGCAAGCAUCAGACAGAGGUCAGCCUCCAUGGACUGUCGAAUGCGGGGUUAUCAUAAAAAUACUUGACGUAAAUGAUAACAAACCCGAGAUAGAGGUAACAUCCCUUUCCAAUAUGGUCUCUGAAGAUUCCAAACCAGGAACUGUUAUUUCUCUCAUAAGUGUCAGUGAUAAAGACUCCGGUAUCAAUGGAAAAGUGUUGUGUAGUCUGUUAGGAGAUGUACCCUUUGAGUUAAAACCUUCCUUUCAGGAUAGUAUGUACUCUUUAGUGACCAAACAACGAUUAGACAGAGAGUUUGUGUCCCAUUAUGACAUCACUAUAACAGCCACUGACUGUGGUCAGCCUCCUCUGUCGACAUUCAAAACUCUGAGCAUCCAGAUAUCAGAUGUGAACGAUAACAGUCCAGAAUUCUCUCAAAACCCUCUUGAGCUGUACUUAGUGGAAAAUAACGCCCCUGGUGCAUCCAUACUCUCUGUAAUCGCCACUGACAAAGACUUGAAUGAGAAUGCAGCCAUUUCAUAUCACAUUGUUAGAGGCGAAGGGACUCAAAAUGGUAUGACAUCUUUCCUGAAUAUCAAUUCUGACAAUGGACAUAUUUCCGCUCUAAAAAGCUUUGACUUUGAAACCCUCAAAACAUUCCAAUUCCAAGUUGUAGCUACAGACUCUGGAACUCCGUCACUAAGCAGCAACGUCACAAUAAACGUGUUCAUUCUGGAUCAGAACGACAACGCUCCAGUGAUCUUGUAUCCAGUCAGCGCUAAUGGUUCCGCUGCAGGUGUGGAGGAGAUUCCCCGCAAUGUGAACGCAGGCCAUUUGGUGACUAAAGUGAGAGCCUAUGACGCUGAUAUAGGAUAUAACGGCUGGUUAUUAUUUUCACUGCAGGAAGUUACUGACCACAGUCUCUUUGCUUUGGACCGUUAUACAGGACAGAUAAGGACACUUCGGUCAUUCACAGAGACAGACGAGGCUGAGCAUAAACUGGUCAUACUGGUAAAAGACAAUGGGAACGUUUCACUCUCAGCAACAGCUACUGUGGUUAUCAACGUUGUGGAGCCCAAAGAGGCUUUUGCAGCUUCUGAUGUUAAAAGCGCAGUAAAAGACGAGGAGGAGAACAGCGUUACAUUUUAUUUGAUCAUAACUUUGGGGUCAGUUUCAGCACUUUUUAUCAUCAGUAUCAUCGUGUUGAUUGUAAUGCAGUGCUCCAAAGCCCCAGUCGAUUCCUCCAAGUAUUUACAAGAUGUGAAUUACGACGGGACACUGUGCCACAGCAUCCAGUACCGAUCCGGAGACAAACGGUACAUGUUAGUUGGACCCAGAAUGAGUAUAGGUUCUACUAUAGUCCCGGGCAGCAAUGGGAAUACUCUAGUGGUACCUGAAACCAGGAGGAGAGCUUCUGGAGAGGUAAGACAUGUAUGGCUCUGUAAUUGUAUAGAAAUCGCAUAGAUUAUUCUCCCAUUUUUUUAAAAGUUCAUAUAUUUAAUUGAACUACGGGGUCUUGUUUGAGUGGGUCUAAUAUGUUUUUUUUCGGAGUAUGGCUUUGGCGUUUUAACAAACCUACACCUCUCACAGGGUCUGUCCUUGAAAUCAGAGGAUCAGGCGUCAACACCACAUUUGAAAGUGGUCGCUGUCCACGACAAUUGUUCUGAAACACUUUUCAAUUCAAAGUGUUAUUUGACAUGUCACAUAUUUAUGUUUCGGUUUGAGUUGCUGCGCAUGAAACCCAUUCUCCUAAUGCGCGUGGUGUCGCUGCUUUUCAGUGUUAGAAACAUGCAUUUAGUUUGAAUCCCUCCCUCCCUUUGUCGUGUUGCCUCAUAAAAAAUCAUUCGAGUCGAGUGAAAUGGGCACUUGCUUUCUGGAAUGGAGAAUACCAUCCGCAUGGAUACUUGCUUGAAUCUUUUUCGUGGAUGAACUUGGCACCUUGCUUUUUCUGGAUGAAGCGGACUGUAAUGGUUCCAAAAUAACAGGGCUUGUCAAAAUGAUAGACGGACAGAGAAGAGAGGCGCCUCACUGGGCGAUGCUGUGGUUUGUAUUUUUGUUGUGCUUCUCCCGUGGAGCUUAUUGUCAAAUACGAUAUUCUAUCGCGGAGGAGUCGAAAGAAGGUUCUUAUGUGGGAGAUGUAGCAAAGGAUUUGGGGUUCAGUGUGGAUAUACUGGCGGAGCGAAGGUUUCGGAUUGUAUCUGGCUCUAAGGAAGGUCUUUUGCAGAUAAACCAAGAUAAUGGCGUGUUGUAUGUGAACAGGAACAUCGACAGGGAGGAGCUGUGUGAGAAAAACAUUAUGUGUUUAAUCAACCUAAAAACCGUCGCCGAAAAUCCAAUGGAAAUACAUUAUGUUGAGAUUGAAAUUACGGAUAUAAAUGACCAUUCUCCCAUUUUUCCAGAAAAGGAGAAACGCUUAGAGAUAGCAGAGAAUGCUGUGCUCCAAGGAACGCGCUUUCCUCUUGACGCUGCGCGUGACCCUGAUGUUGGAGCAAAUAGUCUCCGUAAGUACACUCUCAGUCAAAACGAUAACUUUGACUUAGAUGUUAAAACUCGCGGUGAGGAUAAAAUUCCUUUUCUGAUUUUGAAAAAGCCGCUAGACAGAGAGCAGAAACCUGAAAUUCGACUGAUUUUGACUGCGUUUGACGGCGGUGAGACCGCAAGAUCUGGCACAGUCAAUAUAACAAUACAUGUGAUUGAUGUCAAUGACAACGCACCAGUCUUUGACAGACAGGUGUAUACGGUAACUUUAUAUGAAAAUCCUCCCGUAGGUGCCUCAGUCCUAAGAUUACACGCCACGGAUAUAGAUGAUGGCGCCAACGGACAGGUUAUAUACACUUUUGAUAACAGUCUUAAAAACAAAGCGUUCGAUUUAUUCGAGAUAGAUGAUGUUACAGGUGAGAUCACUGUAAAAGGAUUAAUAGAUUUUGAAGAGCAGAGUGUUUAUGAAAUUGACAUGCAGGCCUCUGACAAAGGUCCGGUUACAUUGACUGGUCACUGUAGUGUUGUUAUUAACGUGAAAGAUGUAAAUGACAACGCACCUGAGAUGGACGUGACGUCCCUAUCAAGCCAAGUCCCCGAGGAUGCACGACCGGGUACAGCGGUAGCUCUUAUCAGCGUGUUUGAUAUGGACUCUGGUGAAAACGGCUUAGUUAUAUGUACAAUCUCAGACAACAUCCCUUUCGAAUUAAAACCGUCUUUUCA